CUGUCACGUGACACUAACCCAAUGUCAUGUGACUGACACGAGCGCUGUACAGUGGUAUUAGCGAGCUCCCGUUAGCAUAACGAUACAAGAGUUUAGCUAGGUAGAAUCAGUUCACUCAUGUUGAACAGUAAACACUUACGAUACUCCAUAAAACAACGUCUUCAUAGUUGUGAUGCAUUAAACGGCUUUAAAGUGCUAGUGUUGUCUGAGCUAGGCCUCGGUUGUACUUUGACGCUUAACUGCUCUGCAAAUGAAACUAUGGAGAACGACACAAAAUGUAAACAAUGUUGUUAAACAUCUCUUGGGAUUAAUCUGAACAUUUUAGGGACCGACUCAACUGUGAUUCAUGUCGCUUGCUAAAUCGUUUGAUUGGGAAUUUCAGAAUGAACGGACACUGUACCUUACAGGCGCACAGCAAAAUGACCUGAAAAGACAAAACCUGUUAGAGAGACUUCUUGAUGCAGUUAAGCAGUGCCAAAUUCGCUUUGGUGGCAGGAAGGAGAUUGCCUCAGAUUCUGAUAGCAGAGUCAUAUGCCUGUGUGCCCAGUUUGAAGCAGUACUUCAACACGGCUUGAGGAAGAGUCGUGGUUUAGCCCUCACAGCAGCUGCCAUUAAACAUGCUGCUGGAUUUAGCAGUAAAACUGAAGCAGAGCUGACGUUCUGGUCUUUUGUGAAGGAGCACCUCAACCGUCAUGAGUUGCAGCGCUUCUACUCUCUGCGGAAUAUCACAUCUGAGAUGGGCCGGGGUCGGGCAUGGCUUCGUUGUGCCCUGAACGAACACUCGCUAGAGCGUUAUCUGCACAUGCUGCUUGCAGAUAAUGCCCGCCUUAGUGCCUUCUAUGAAGACUGGGCUUUUGUCCUAGAUGAGGAGAGAGCCAGUAUGCUGCCCACUAUGGCUGCAGGGCUCAAUUCCAUCCUGUUUGCCAUCAACAUUGACAACACGGACCUAAAUGGCCAGGCCCGUGGGGGGUCGUCUGUCUCCCACCUGCUUAAAGAGUCCACGCAGGGGAUGAGCAGUUUGUGGAAAGAGUCUACUCAAGGUGUCAGCACGCUUCUGCGGGAAAUCGGUACUGCCACUGCAGUGGUUCCUGGUUUCAUCCCUCGCUCAGAUGCUCCAUCAGACCCACUGCCUGUCUUGCCCCGCAGCACUUCUGCAGAUUCCGGUUUAAGAAAAGAGCGUAGACGUAAAAAGAAGAUCACAAACAUCAUCUCUUUUGAUGAUGACAUGGGUGCGGAAGAUGAGGACGAGGCUGGCGAGGACGUUGUGAGAAGUCUCAGGAAGAGUACAGUGGGUCACGUGAGUUCUGAGGAGGCUCUGGAUCCUCCGGACUCUACCUCACCCAUUCACAACGGCCUGACUGAGCCUGGGAUUGUGAGCUGGGCUGAAACACCUCCACAGAAUGGAGUGCUGCCUGAUACCAAGAGCAUUGACAAUGAGGAGGAGGAAGAGGAUGACAGUUAUAGAAAGAGUAGGCAGGAGCCCCCAGAAGAGGAUCAUGGGAAUGGGGAGCGGAUGGUUGUGGGGAGUUUAUCCAGUGUUUCUACAUGGAGUCCAAGGCAAGUCAUCACAGACAAUGACAACUCGCACAUUCUCAUACCUCUGGCCUCCAGCGAGCCCUACACACACCAAGCUGGUAGUUCAGUUGAGAAUGUUGAAUUUCAUGGACAGAAGGAGAGCUCAAGCCCACCAACUGACAGUGAAAAACGAAGCCAACUCCAAUUCAGCAUGGAGCCCGACUCACCGGCACAGAUUGCUCCCGUGACCGGUGUUCUGCCGACCUCUGGCCUUCCUGAGUCCAUGACCAUUGCUGAACUGCGGCAAGCCAUUGUGGCCAUGAUGAACAGGAAAGAUGAACUCACUGAGCAGAACACGUCUCUGCGCAGUCUCCUGGAUGGAGAGAUGGAGCACUCUGCUGGGCUCAGGCAGGAGGUGGACAGCUUGAAGAAGAGACUGGCUGAGCUAGAGGAGAGACAUGCGGCCAAAGUCCAAGCUCUCAUGAGAGAGAAUGAGGUUCUGAAGGUUCAGCUGAAGAAGUAUGUUGGAGCUGUCCAAAUGCUGAAAAGGGAAGGCAGCCAAGGCAAUGACGCAUUGACCAUUCAAAGGAAUUGUGAUGGUCCCCCUCCAGCCCCCCAGAACCGGUCCGUGGCUGAUAUAGAGGAACUGGCUGCCAACUAUGAGCGUAAACUCAUCGAGGUUGCUGAGAUGCACGGAGAGCUGAUUGAGUUUAACGAGAGGCUGUACCGCUCCCUCAUGGCCAAAGACAACCUGAUCGGACAGAUGAGGCAGGAACUCAUCGACCUGCGUGGCCCAGUGCCAGGGGACCUGAGCCAGACCUCUGACGAUCCCAGCCUAUCUGACUUUGAGACAACUCAACGUGCCCUUGUCAACGUGUGGAUCCCCUCUGUGUUCCUUCAAGGUCGGGCUGCCAACGCCUAUCAUGUAUAUCAGGUGUACAUUCGAAUUCUGGACAAUGAGUGGAAUGUGUACCGGCGCUAUGCUGAGUUCAGGACGCUGCACAAUUACCUGCGGCCGCAAUUCCCACAAGUCGACACGUUCAAUUUCCCACCUAAAAAAGCCAUCGGCAACAAGGAUGCCAAGUUUGUAGAGGAGAGGAGGAAACAGCUGCAGUCGUACCUGCGUAUGGUGAUGAAUAAACUGAUCCAGACACUGCCUGAAUUCACUGCCCAGCCCACAAAGGAUACCUUACUGCAUUUUCUGCCUUUCUGCCACUCUCUACUUUUCUCUCUCAGCCCUAUGCCGAUCUGACAGCAGCAAUACAGCAGAGGAGAAGCCGAUCAUGGUAUGAUGUGUGUUGCAUAACCACACUUCUGGCUUACUGUUCAAAUUUCAUUUCCUUUGAAACCUCUUGAACACUAUUAGUUAUACGUAAUCAGUACAGAUAGAUUAGCCUGCUUUCAGACAGACUGCUUUAUGAAAAUCAUGCCUUAACAAACGUGCUUUUUGAAACUAGUAUUUGAGAACAGAAAAGUAAAUUCACUGUUUUUCUACUAAGAUGAUCCAGUUGCAAGAAAAGUAUAGAUUUUUGCAUAAAUUGGUCAUAAAAUUGCCUUGUGGGAUAGAAGAGGUGUGACUGUAUCCAAUCAAAUUCCCACAGUGAUGCCUUGUGUUUUAUGCUUGUGUUAAGUGAGACAUUUUAGAAGUAUUGAGCCACAGCACAGAGCAAAUAACUGGUUUACAGGAAAAAAAGGAUGUGGAUUUUCUAUGGAUUUAUAAAAUGGAUUAUUUUAUUUUAUUAAACCAUUAAUAUUAAGAAAAAAUCAUUUAAAAAAUACAUAUGCUUUUAUUCACUUAUUGUUUUGUAAGGCUGGAAGCUUACGCUGCUAUUUUGAACCAAUACCUCGGAAACAAAAAGCAGUUGAAGGAUGGCGUACGUAAUUCAGUUAUUUAUCUGACUCCAAUAUAAUUAAUCUGACUCCAUUAAAGUUGUUGUCAUUCUUUUACAUUUUAAGAAUAAGAGGUUCAAGUCUUUCUUAGAACUGAUAGGAAAACGUAGGAUUUAAACUGAACGUUUAGAUAACGAAAGUUACAGUCACUUUAGCUUUCAACAUUAUCAGUGAUAAAAGGAAAGAUUCUCAAAAUCUUUAAAGCAGGCAACGUUAUUUAUUAAGUUGCAUGUUUAAAUAUAUAGACAGUAGAAUGUAACAACAUACUGUAUAGAAAAACUUUGACAUAGUUACAUAGUUGCAUGUUGGAAAACACUAGUAGAUAAAUAGUAGUUGUAGUUGAAAGAAUAUAUGUCAUGUUAAGCAAAUGGUACAGAUGAGUCAUUGAGGUGUAAACGACUCUGUCUUCCCAGACAGAACCAUCCUGUUCUUGGAGUGUCCCAACAGUCCACAAUCAUACUGUGAUGAUGAAGGCCAUUGUGCCACGUUUAAUUCACAUGUAUACCUUUAAAGGGAUUUCUUAAGUACUAGGGCAUAUUCUUUGUGAGUUCUACCCAUAUUCGCUCAGCUCUACAGUUUAAACUCCAGGUUGGCUGACAUGAAAACAUAUCGUUGACUAUGGUGUUUGUUGUUGUUGCUUGGUUGAAUAUUGAAUCAGAUCUUAUAAGUAAUAUAUGCAGAAAUCCAUUGCAAAUUCACACACGUUUUCCUUCAAAUGUAGAUGCAUUCAGUUCGACAAAACCAUUUAUUUGCUCCUCGCUGUGGAUCUUUUACUCCUAAAAUGUCUGGCAUUCUCUUUACACACACAUAAACACACACUGUCACUGUUCAAAUUCGAUUGGAUGCAGUCACACCCUCUCCGUUCCACAAGAGCCAGGCUUAUGAUGCCUUUGCAUUGUGUUUUGGCCACAAACACAAAAACUAUGAUUCUGGAUCUUGACAUAGGUGAUACAGGAGCACAACUCUUCACACCACUUCUUUGUCACUCAUGUAUGACAGUCUCACAACAUUGCAGCCACCCUUCAUCCCACCUACCACCUCCAAUUGUGACCCAAUGUGUUUUUUUCCAAGAACCUUCCUGCUUUUUUGCUCUCUUUUACUUUGCCUGCUCACUGUCUACACAUUCAAAAUAAGAAAUAUAAAUAAGAAAUAAGCUGAUAUAGAAAUAAAAUAGAAAAAAGUCCCUUUACCUAUAGAGUGCAGUGAUGACAUAUUUUUGUAGGUCAACCUGAAAGUUAGCAUCACCCUGGUUCCCUCAACAAAAUCCCAGUAGGACUCCCAGAUUAGGGCUUUUGGAUUAUUGUAAAUAUGCAUAUAUGCUUUGUGCCCAACAAAAGUUUGAUUCUUACACUUUUUCUUCAUCAUGAACUUAAUAUUAAACACA